AUGGCAGCAUUACCAUCCGCAUUUAAAUCGUCAUUAAGUUAUCUACCGGUACCGAUAUUCACUCCUAGUAAUCCACCAUUACUUGCACCAACACAACCAACUAACAACCUAGGCCCAUUACAAUUAACAAAUUCUUUACGUAAUACUAUAACACCAGCCCAUCAACUUUCAACGUUACCGCCGACAUCGCUAACUUCACUGCCAUCAUCGACUAAUGCAAUCGGAUCUCAGCCUCAUCAACAAGAAACCAUCUUAAACAAUAAUCAUCAUGGUCUUAGCGUUGGUAAUUGUAAUAAUUCUCCUACUAAUAGCCACGAUAAUGUGGUCAAAAAUAUUGCCAUAUAUUCCGCAAAACAGUUAAGUAAGCUCAAACGAUUUCUAACCACUUUACGGCAAUUUGGAUCGGAUAUUUCACCUGAAGUUGGCGAAAAAGUACGUGGUAUUAUUCUCGAUUUAGUUAAUGCUGCUCUUAGUGUAGACGAAUUUCAGCAUAAAUUACAGGAUAUCACCAAUUUUCCAAUCCGUCAAUUUGUUGCACAAUUCCUUCGAUCUACUAUACCAUUACUUCGUCAAGAAUUAUCAGAAUGUGCUCAAUUAAGCAUCCGACCUUCACUACCUUCGCUAAAUUCGAUUUAUCCAACUCCUCCAACUACUCCUUACUAUCAUCACCGUCACCCAUCGUCCCCUUUAGAUUUCUAUAAUAGAAAUUGGCCAAGCGGACACGCUGACUGUAAGUUAAUGAUGUAUGGUCAAAAUAUUCCUACUCCAGCUCGUGUAGAUCUUAAACGAAAAGAAUAUAAUGAAUCUCUAGCGGAAAGAUUGGAUAGUGAGAAUUAUCGGAAAAAAGGGAAAAAUGAUUCAGAAAAUAAUUUAAUGCUUGAUCAAGUUUUGGAGAAAAUUACUCCUAUGGCGCCCUAUUUUCAUGAGAAUAGCAAAAUUAAUCCAGCAUCAGCAGCCAUCCUUUAUGAGCCACAAAAAUCGAUUAACCGAACUAAUAGCGAUAAACAAGAAAUACAAAUAUUAGCUGCUGCUGCGAAUAAAAAUGUUAAAGGAGCUGAAGUCAGCGAAUUAGGAGAUUUCUUACAAUCGAUGAAAGGUGUUGUGAGGAAAGCCGAAGGACUUCUAACAAAAUUAAAUCAACAAUCGAAUAAAAAUGAUCAGAUAGAAGGUAAAGCGAAAAACAAGCAAGAUUCUGACAAAUAUGAGGAAGAAGUGCAGCAAAAAGAAGAGUUAGAGCGAUCACAUUUAAAUUCUCGGAAUAGCGAGAAAAAUGGUAAUAAUAAGGAUGAUCAAGAUCGAAGUUCAGCAUUUUCUCAAGUUAAAAAUCAAUCUGGAUGCUGGCAUUGUGGAAAAAAAGCUAGUGAAACAUGCGGUGGUUGCAAGAUUGCUCGAUAUUGCAGCGUAAGUUGCCAACAUAAAGAUUGGAAUGUUCGUCAUCAUGUUGUUUGCUGGCAGUUACUGACACGCCAUCCAAAGACAGAUCCUAGUCUAGCUGCAGCUGAUACAUGCUAUAAAGAUACACGAUUAGAGCCAAGGUGCAGUAAAGAAAUUGCUGCUCAGAAUUUAAAAAAUUGUAGUGGAAAAUCGCGAAAAUCAUAA